CGACACACACUGUUGAACUACACCUCUUGUAUCUUUCCACCUACAGAUAAACGGGCGGUCUUGGCGGUGCCGAGCCGAUACAGUUUUGCCUUGCAAGCUUACAGGUUGACAAUGACAAUACGCCCAUAUACACCCACGAAUGCCAUGUCAUUUUAAUACACCAAGGCGGAGUUCCUAUAUUCCAACUUCUACUCUUCCCCCCCUCUCGUCUAACAUUUCCCUGGGAAUGACAACGUCGACCGAUUAUACCGAGCGGGUCGCCAAUGUCGCGGACGGCCUGAGUUCCAGCUUGCUGGUUCUAGAUCGUUUCAACCAUCGCCAUAAGAACCAACAUCGCGUCGCCACGUGGUGGGCUCGGUUUGACCUAUUCCGCCGGUCCGUCAGAAGGCUCCUUGACACUAUAAGCACAUACGAACAGCUACACGGACGAUAUGCCAGGGCGCGCUCCACCGCAAAGCAACGAGACCGGAAGGAGCCGAGCGAACUGGUCUCGCAGAGAGAUGCUAUCCUGAAAAGGGCACGCUGGCUCUCCGGUCAUGUUAUUCCGACAGUCUACCUCCCAUUCACUCAGCUCGUUGCUGACAACCAGCACGCCACUCUCGGCCUGCUCCUGCUUGGCCUCACUUCCCGCGUCAAGGCCGCCAUAGCGCCUCUGCUCGGUGACGCGCAGGAGCCUCACCCCCCGCCACAAGUCACUUCGACAACCGAGCCCAGUCAGUUGCCAUCAUCCGCCACCGUGGGCGAGCCUGCCCCGCUCGACUUUGGUGUCGUGGUUUCGCGGUCCGAGGCAAGCCUCCACCAGACCUACGAGAAGACCCCCUCGAGUCAGCAGCCGGUCUCUGGUGACCAGCCUCCCCAGGAUCGUGGCCGUGACAGGCUGCAUGACGAUCAGCCUCCCGCAGAAAUAUCAACCCAGGCACGCAUCAGCAAAAAGAGUAUGCAAAAGCCGAAGAAGAGGAAAAAGGGCGAUGAGUUUUCGGAACUGUUUGGUUCGUUGUUAUGACGGCCAUGUAUUCUACAGUGUAUUUAUGAUUUGAGUCUUCGUUCUUACUUCAUCCCAAUAUCUCGCAGUUCCUACUCGCGUGAGCCAGGUGA